CAUUUUUUAGCAUCAGAGCAUCAAGAAAGAGAGAGAGAAGCCUAAUCAAGUAGCUUUCACAACUCCAUUAAUCUCUGGUGAAUUACAAAAGUUAAGGGAUGGAAAAUUGUACUGAAAUUUUUGAUGUAAUAGUGGUUGGAGCAGGCGUUAUGGGCAGUUCUACAGCUUACCAAACAGCUAAACGUGGCAAGAAGACACUCCUGCUUGAGCAAUUCGAUUUCUUGCACCACCGAGGCUCCUCCCAUGGUGAAUCAAGAACCAUCCGUGCAACCUACACCAAAGAUUUCUACCCUAAAAUGGUCCUAGAGUCAGCAAAACUGUGGGAAGAAGCCGAAGAAGAAGCUGGUUACAAGGUCUACUUCAAGACUUCCCAAAUUGACUUGGGUUCAUCACACAACAAGUCCCUCCAGGCCAUCAUAUCCAGCUGCCAGAAAAACAGGGUUCCUGUUCAAGUUCUCAACCAUAACCAAGUUUCCGAAGAGUUCUCCGGCAAGUUUCAAUUAACUGAGGAUUGGAUUGGUGUGGUGAUUGAGAAUGGUGGCGUUAUUAGGCCAACCAAGGCAGUUUCCAUGUUUCAAAUGCUUGCAAUGAAGAACGGCGCCAGCCUUAGAGACAACAUGGAAGUGGUAGAUAUUAAGAAAGAUCGUUCCAGAGAUGCCAUCUUGGUCAGCACCAGAAAUGGUCAAAUGUUUUGGGCGAAAAAAUGUGUUGUCACAGUUGGAGCUUGGAUGAAAAAAUUGGUCAAGGAAGUUGCAGGUCUAACUCUACCUAUACAACCCCAGGAAAUAACUGUAUACUACUGGAAAAUAAAACAAGGGCAUGAGGCUGAGUUCACGAUUGAAAGUGGUUUUCCGACUUUUUCGAGCUAUGGUGAGGCUCACAUCUUUGGCACUCCAUCUUUGGAGUUCCCAGGACUGCUCAAAAUAUUAGUGGACGGUGGCCAUCCCUGUGAUCCAGACAAGAGAACUUGGUCUGCAUCGCCUGAUACGCUUAGUGCAACAAAAGAAUGGAUCCAAAGCAAAUUUGGUGGUCUCGUUGACUCCAGCGAACCUGUCUUGACACAAUCUUGCAUGUAUUCUAUGACCCCUGACAAGGAUUAUGUGAUUGAUUACUUGGAUGGAGAAUUUGGGAAGGAUGUUGUGGUUGCUGGAGGCUUUUCAGGACAUGGUUUCAAGAUGGCACCAAUUAUUGGGAGGAUAUUGGCUGACCUUGCUAUAGAUAUGCAAGCAAAAGAUGUGGAUAUGAAGCACUUUAAUAUAAAAAGGUUUGAGGGAAACUCAGAAGGAAAUCAUGAGGAUUUUGACGAUUAAGUCGAUUCGGUUGAAUUGAGGAAUGAUUGAAGCGAAUACCAUUUUUGUGUCGUUCCUGUCAGAUAUUUGAGUUACGAUGAUUGAAUUGCUACAACUUUGAGACAUCUAUUGUACAUGCACUCAACCAGUAAUAACACUGAUUCCACUCGCCAUAUUAGUCCAACAUGCUAAUUUAAGUAAUCUUUCUCUUGUGCUU